UGUGUGUGUGUGUGUGUGUGUGUGUGUGUGUGUGUGUGUGUGUGUGUGUGUGUGGUAACUCACAUUAAGUUAAUAUUUAGUGUAGACCGUGAAAUGCAUCACAAAUGUGUUGGAGAGAGACAGAAACCGGCAGACAGAGUGUCAGCAGUAAAGAGAGAGCAGAGUCUCAUUGAUACAGUUGUUCUCUGACGGAGAGUCAUUUAGACUUUUUCUCUAUCAUCAUUAUCAUCAUCUUCAUCUUCAUUAUCAUCAUCAUCAUCUUCUUCAUCAUCAUCUUCAUCCCCAUCAUCCAUGUCGGUUCUUCCUCUGCGGGUGAAAAUGUUGCGGCAGGUCUGGAGGAUGAAGGGCAUCUUCAUCCUGGUCUGCAGCCCGUUCGUCCUGCUGCCGCUCGCACUCAGCACAUCGGAGGCGGCCUGUGCUUAUGUCAUCGCCCUCAUGGCGGUGUAUUGGUGCACUGAGGUGUUGCCGCUGGCGGUGACGGCACUGCUGCCGACCAUCCUGUUCCCCGUCCUCGGCAUCAUGCAGUCCAAAGAUGUGUGUAUGCAGUACCUGAAGGACACUAACAUGCUGUUUGUGGGCGGGUUGAUGGUGGCCGUUGCCGUGGAGCACUGGAACCUCCACAAACGCAUCGCCCUCCGGGUGCUGCUGCUGGUGGGAGUCCGACCCGCCCUGUUGAUGUUGGGGUUCAUGGGAGUCACGGCCUUCCUGUCCAUGUGGAUCAGCAACACAGCGACCACCGCGAUGAUGGUUCCCAUCGUCCAGGCCGUCCUGGAGCAGAUCCAAGGCGAGGCAGACCCCGAUCCCUCCUCCAAGACGCGGAGCAGGAGUGAAGUUUUACAGAAGGAGCAUCAGGAGAAAACCAUCAGCGUCCUGCAAACUGCUGUUUCCAACAACUCGGAAAACCCUGAUGUGAACGAGGACACUCUGACACAAGAGAGCUUAGAGAAAAGCAGCAACCUACGAGACAACCUGCUGUCUGAGCAGAAAGAGGCAUUAGAGGGUCCGAUGGACAGACAGGAGAGCAUCAAACCAACACCACAAGACAAACCUCCAUCAGGCUGCACCGACAGCGGGACAGUGGUUGUCUGCUGUCCGCUGGAGUUGGAGGAGGUGAGCGACGUGGAGGAGAGGACGAAGAUGUGUAAAGGCCUCCUGCUGAGUGUGUGCUACGCAGCCAGCAUCGGCGGCAUCGCUACACUGACAGGGACCGGACCAAACCUGGUUCUGAUUGGACAGAUGAGCCAACUCUUCCCUCAGAACGGUGACGUCAUCAACUUUGCAUCCUGGUUUGUGUUUGCGUUCCCCACCAUGGUGCUGAUGCUGACGCUGGCCUGGUUCUGGCUGCAGUUCCUGUACAUUGGCUGCAACUUGCGGCGGACGUGGGGUUGUGGGGCGGUGCAGACGGAGAAGGAGCGUGCUGCGUACGAGGUGAUCAGGGAGGAGCAUCGGCGUCUUGGACCUAUGAGCUACGGAGAGGCCAACGUCCUGGUGGUCUUCGUCCUCAUGGUGGUGCUGUGGUUCACACGAGACCCACGCUUCAUGGACGGAUGGGCCACACACCUCUUCAACGCCAAGGCUGAGUUCGUCACCGAUGCGACCGUCUCUCUUUUUGUUUCUGUGUUGUUGUUUGUUCUUCCGUCUGAGCCUCCGAGAUACCUCUGCUGCUGGAGGAGCUCUGAGACAGACUCCCAGGUGUCUCGAGGCCCCGCCCCCUCCCUCCUCACCUGGCAGGUGACUCAGAAGAAGAUGCCCUGGAACAUCGUCCUGCUGUUGGGAGGAGGCUUCGCUCUGGCCAAAGGCAGCGAGGUGUCCGGUCUGUCCCGCUGGCUCGGUGCUCAGAUGACACCGCUACACUCCAUCCCUCCGUGGGCCAUCGCUGUCAUCCUCUGCCUCCUCAUCGCCACCUUCACUGAGUGUGCUAGCAACGUAGCCACAGCAACACUCUUCAUGCCCAUCCUGGCGUCCAUGUCUCAGUCUAUAAGCUUGAAUCCUCUGUACGUGAUGAUCCCCUGCACCCUCAGCGCCUCCUUCGCCUUCAUGCUGCCCGUUGCCACGCCGCCCAACGCCAUCGUCUUCUCCUCCGGUUAUCUCAAAGUGUCCGACAUGGCUAAAACAGGCAUUGUGAUGAACAUCAUCGGGAUCUGCUGCAUCAGUCUGGCCAUCAACAGUUGGGGUCGCGUCAUGUUUGAUCUGGAUUCCUUCCCGUCAUGGGCCAACAGCACUGCGCCCAUGUAGGAGCACCACGGCUUUCUACAACCUGCUGCUACAUCUUAAUGUUUUAUUCAACGUUUUCAGGCUUCGUCACUCAUCACUGGAUGGUGACAUUUUUUAUUUUUGUAUUUGUAUACUGUAUGUACUGCAGAAUGUGAAAGCUGGUUCUGAGCCACCAGAAGCAUCAAGAGUGUGUUUUCCACAUGUUUUGUUGUCAGAACUGUACUUUUCUUUAGCAGAAACUGUUGAAACGAAAAUGUUUGCAGCCUCCAGGAUUAAGUCUCCUUAGGUUAGGGUUAUAUGGGGGUGGAGGGAUAAUGCUGUAAACACUUUCUGUUUAACACUGACACUGAUUUAUUCUCUAAUUACUCUCAAACACUGCAAAUACUCAUAUUUAAGCAGGUGACACCAACAAACGUUUGGCAAUAUAUUAUCAAAAAUGCUCAAAUCUCUGUUUCUGUUUUUAACACUUCAACUGCUUGCAUCAAUAAAUAUUUAAUGUAACAUAGUCUACUCAGUUUUAUAGUCGAUUUAAUUGUUUUAGGCAUGUGGAGCAAACAAUUUUGUAAUGCCACUAAAUUCUACACACUGCACCUUUAAAAGUAGAAACUAGAUACUCAGUACAAAUGAUUAGACAGCUGUAAUUCUUCGUUGUUUGUUUAUUUGUUAAAGUGACUCUGGACGAACAAACUGCAGCAGGGUGAGAGACUUUUCUACAACAACUGUGAAUCUGAAUUAUUUUCCUGUAAUUAGAAAAGUGUUUUUGUAUUGUUUUCUAUUUAAAUGCCCGAGUUUGUAUUUCAUGACAUUUUGUUUUUUAUGUAAGAGAGUAAAUGUAUAUUGUACAUAAUGUAACUUCCACAGUUUUGUACCAUCUUGUUGCUAACAGUUUUAUUUGGUAUUAAUAAAAAUGGAUCUAUAAAGAAAUCUGUGACAACAAAUCAAGCAAUAAU